AUGCUGAAGAGACGUAACCUUCUUACCACACUCCUGAUCGCCUUGCCAUGGGCUCUCCUCCUAACCUUGUGGCACCAGUACCCAACCACCCGCUACCUCAGCCUGCUGAGAAAAGAGACAGAUGAGAACGUGACCUCUAAAGCUCUCCUCAACGGUACAUCUGCACUGAGAGAAGAAGGCCUCCCAUCAUGCAUUCGGCAGCAGCAAAGCAUAGGGGCAACCCCUAAAGUCAUCCAGAAUUAUGUGUACUCCAGGCCUCCCCCAUGGUCAGACACCCUGCCGACCAUCUUCGUUAUCACCCCUACCUACACCCGGCCAGUGCAAAAAGCUGAGCUGACCCGUCUGGCCAACACCUUCCUACAUGUACAGAACCUGCACUGGGUGGUGGUGGAGGACUCGCCCCGGAGGACCAACCUGGUGUCCAACCUGCUGGAGAAGACAGGGCUCAACUUCACCCACCUCAACGUGGAGACGCCCAAGAGUCUGAAGCUGGGGCUGUCCCGGAUCCCGCCCCACACCCCAAGGGGAACACUGCAGAGGAACCUGGGGCUGCACUGGCUGAGGGACAGCUUCAGCAACACCACACCGCCGGAAGGCGUAGUGUAUUUUGCCGAUGAUGACAACAGCUACAGCCUGGAGCUAUUUGAAGAGAUGCGCUACACGAGGAGGGUGUCGGUCUGGCCAGUGGCUUUUGUUGGGGGGCUGCGAUAUGAGUCCCCAAAAGUGAGUCCAGCAGGGAAGGUUGUGGGCUGGAAAACCGUCUUUGACCCUAACCGGCCCUUUGCUAUUGACAUGGCUGGCUUUGCUAUCAGCAUCAAGCUGAUUUUGGAGAAGCCUCAGGCCAGUUUCAAGCUGGAGGGCGUUAAAGGAGGCUACCAGGAAACCAGUCUGCUGAAGGAUCUAGUCACCAUGGAUGGGCUGGAGCCCAAAGCAGCCAACUGCACAAAGGUGUUGGUCUGGCACACAAGAACCGAGAGGCCCACUCUGGUUAACGAAGGCAAGCGUGGAUUUACGGACCCCAGAGUAGAGGUGUAA